AUGCGUUCCUUCAUUUUGAUUGCCCUCUUCGCCCUGAUCGCCCUGGCUGCUGCUCAAGGAGGACCACAAGGUGGACAACAAGGUGGCCAAGGAGGACCUCAAAGUGGUCAGCAGGGAGGACCCCAGGGCGGCUCUCAAGGAGGACCACAGGGAGGACAACAGGGAGGACAACAAGGAGGACCACAGGGAGGUCAGCAAGGAGGACAACAGGGCGGCCAGCAGCAAGGAGGUCAGCAGCAGGGAGGUCCUGGCGGUCCAUGGGGUCUGCCUCCGAAUGGAACUGUACUGUCCAACAGCACCACAACCACGACCACUGAGGCUAGCACCACUGAAUCCAGCACCACUGAGGUUUCCUCAGCAUAG